GGCUCUAUACCCUUUCCUCAAGAUCAAGUCGCCACAUACACCAUUUUGAUCAUUUCUGUUUCCGGUUCAACAGAAAGAGAAACAUGGCGGACGCUGCUCCAGCCGGUCGUGGAGGAUUCCGAGGUGGAUUUGGAGGUCGUGGUGGUGCCGGCGCCGGAGGUCGCGGUGGCAUGCGAGGUCGUGGCAGAGGUCGUGGGCGUGGUCGCGGUCGCGGCAAGGAGGCCGAGAAGGAAUGGAUGCCAGUCACCAAGCUGGGACGUUUGGUCCGUGACGGCAAGAUCCACAGUCUAGAGGACAUCUAUCUGUUCUCGUUGCCCAUCAAAGAGUACGAGAUCAUCGAUCAGUUCAUCGGCUCGUCGCUGAAGGACGAGGUGCUGAAGAUCAUGCCGGUGCAGAAGCAGACACGUGCCGGCCAGCGCACGCGCUUCAAGGCGUUUGUGGCGAUCGGCGACCUGAACGGCCACAUUGGGUUAGGCGUCAAGUGCAGCAAGGAAGUGGCCACGGCCAUCAGGGGCGCCAUCAUCCUUGCCAAGCUGUCAGUCGUGCCUGUGCGCCGAGGAUACUGGGGAAACAAGAUCGGAAAGCCACACACUGUGCCCUGCAAGGUAACUGGUAAGUGCGGUUCCGUACAGGUGCGUUUGAUCCCAGCACCCAGAGGAACGGGAAUUGUCGGAGCGCCCGUCCCCAAGAAACUGUUGCAGAUGGCUGGUAUCGAGGAUUGUUACACAUCAGCCCGUGGCUCAACUGGAACCCUUGGAAACUUCGCCAAGGCUACCUACGCGGCCAUUGCCAAGACCUACGCCUACCUGACUCCGGACUUGUGGAAGGAAUCUGUCCUCAAGAAGACUCCCUACUCUGAGUUCGCAGACUACCUGUUCAAGAACCAUCGCCCCGUCCUGGCCGUCACUCAGGACAACUGAUUCACUUCUUAAUCUGUCUUAAUAAAAUCUGACGACAUCAA